CGGUCGUCUGCUUGGUGGCGGCUCGCAGUAGACGGCAUCACGAAAACUGUUGCGACAAGCCGCCUCUUUUCUCGCGCAGGGGGUGUGUUGUGUGUGUUUGCAUGUGCCUGCGUCCUUUAUUCUGUUUCCGGAGGAAGUGACCAAGGGAAAUUCGUUCGAAAGUGCGCCUCCCCUGCAUACCGGACAUGACGGAUACAAAGCAAAUACCCUGCGAGCUCAACAACCUGAAAGGCGGAAGUGACGAUGAAGGUGUGGCCAGGGAAGCACCACACAUGCCCGACAGGGGACAGUGGACCGGGAAACUUGACUUUCUCAUGUCCUGUGUCGGCUAUGCCAUCGGUCUCGGAAACGUCUGGAGGUUUCCCUACUUAUGCUACAAGAACGGAGGCGGAGCGUUCUUGGUUCCUUACCUGCUGACCUUAUUCCUGGCGGGUAUUCCCACAUUCUUCCUUGAGACGUCACUCGGACAGUUCUUGAGCAUCGGCGGCCUCGGCGUCUGGAAGAUAUGCCCCAUCUUUAAAGGUGUGGGCUACGCAGCGGCGGUAAUGUCCUUUUGGCUCAACUCUUACUACAUCGUGGUGCUGGCGUGGUCUCUGUACUACAUCUACUCGGCCUUGUCAUCCGACGUUCCCUGGCGAUCGUGUGACAACUGGUGGAACACCCAGAACUGCCGCUCCGAGUACGAGCCAUACAACUGUUCAGCGCAGCUCCGCGCCUGUCCUGACCCGAAGCUAAUCAGGAGCCCUGUGAAGGAAUACUGGGAGGGCAACGUGCUGCAGAUCACGGGAGGUCUGCAUGAACCAGGGGACCUGCGCUUGCCAUUGGCCAUUACUCUUCUCAUAGCUUGGGUACUCUGCUACUUCUGCAUCUGGAAGGGCGUCAAGUGGACUGGCAAGGUGGUCUACUUCACCGCCUUAUUCCCCUACGUUCUUCUCUUCAUCUUGCUGGUGCGUGGCCUCACGUUACCGGGCGCCUUCGAAGGCAUCAAGUUCUACGUCCUCCCAGACAUGAACAGGCUGUCCGACUCGAUGGUCUGGAUUGAUGCUGCCACGCAGAUCUUCUUUUCUUAUGGCUUAGGACUGGGCUCCUUAAUAGCGCUAGGCAGCUACAACAAGUAUCACAACAAUGUUUACAAGGAUGCCCUGAUUGUAUCCUGCAUCAACAGUGGUACCUCCAUGUUCGCUGGCUUCGUCAUUUUCUCGGUGAUAGGAUUCAUGGCCCACUCACAGGGGAAAGACAUUGCUGAUGUCGCGGCCUCAGGUCCGGGGCUGGCGUUCCUGGCGUACCCUUCAGCUGUUCUGCAGCUUCCGAUAUCUCCUCUCUGGGCGGUGCUUUUUUUUCUCAUGAUCGUCAUGUUGGGAUUGGACAGUCAAUUCUGCACCCUGGAGGGAUUCAUCACGGCUGUAGUCGACGAGUGGCCGCGGCUACUCCGACCGCACAAGGAGAUCUUCAUUGCGAUCGUCUGCUUUGUUUCCUACCUAAUAGGGCUCAGCUUCGUCACACAGGGUGGCAUGUACGUGUUCCAGUUAUUCGAGUACUACGCUGCCAGUGGGUUCGCGCUGCUGUUCCUUAUCUUCUUUGAAGUGGUAUCCAUAUCUUGGUCAUAUGGUGCGGCACGCUACUAUAAUAACUUAGAAGACAUGAUUGGCUACCGACCGUGCAUGUGGUGGAAGUUCUGCUGGGUUUUCUUGACACCAUGCGUCUGCUUUGGAGUAUUCGUGUUCAGCCUGGUGCAGUAUCGACCGUUGAAAUACAUCGACUACGUGUAUCCAUGGUGGGGCCAGCUCGUUGGAUGGAUCCUUGCCCUUUCGACCAUGCUGUGCAUUCCUGGUUACGCCAUCUACAAGUUCAUCGUCACACCGGGAGACAUACGCACGCGCUGCAAGGAGCUGUUCCGCCCGGAUGUGGACAUUGCAACCGAGAUUCGUGCCCGGAAACAUCGAGAGAGGCGCAUUUCGGCCACCACCGUCUGAGUGGCCUCUCGGCGUCCGUACGAACAUUCCUUCGUCCGAUGACGUCUGCAUUUUUCGAGCCCCACCGAACCAAGCCCCGACGACGGCGGCGUUACGCUGAUGGUCAGCCUCUGAACGGACCACUUGGAAAUUAUGCUCCGUACAGAUUCAGAAGCUCGAAGCUAUCAUGGCUUGUACCCGUCUCAAUAUUGGAGUUCUUUUCAACAUUUACAGUGCUUGGCUGCAAUGACUCGAAUUACUUAAAAUGUAGCAUUUUUGUUAACCACCUUGUCACUGUAUUAUUAGGUACCAGAUAAGAAAUGCACGGGUUUAACAGUUCUGCCUGUCAGAAUGUGGAAAAGGCAAUGCCGUAAAAUGUAGCGCUGAGCUUUUUAAAACUCUAAGUUUGCAAUUAAAAUAUGCCGGGGCUAUCAGCUAUUCGCGAUUUCUGCACCUAGCGGACACCUGAAAGUGAGCGGAUACUACUUGAUUCUAACCUUUCUUGAGUACGUGCUGUAAAAUUGAACUUUCUUGUGUCUGCAGUCAAGAAACAGUUUUAUAUCACGGCGUAAUGUCGGAGCUAGUCGAUUUAUUACCAGAAGACACAAGGGGCGGCACUAACUAGGCCAGGGCUAGAAGAUUCGUUGAUUGGCGUCCUCUUUUAGUCCUCAUCUACUUAGCAUUUGGCCUCACUGAGUGAUUUUGUUGCCAAAAACAAGGCGUCUUCGUCGCCGCUGAGAGGCACUGUGCAGACAACUGCACUAUAGAGUCAAGCGGACCCACUCUGCGACUUCGUAUAAGAACUGAACCAUUUGAAGACUUUGUAGCGUGUGCGCAUAUUGUGUGUCAUGUGUAAGACAAUUUAGGUGCUCUCAUUAGACACAUUCAGUUGAGCUUCCACAGCAGCUCUUCAGACGCAUGCUUCCAGCCAUUUUCAACAGGAGCCUGCGCCUGCAGACCUACUGAGGAUGCCUCAAUGUCUCUAAUAGCUGAUCGUGAAGUUAUUUUUAUGCCACCUGGUGUUGUUAGGCUGUCUAUGAAUGUAUGUGUGCUUAAUGAGUUUCUUCCCUUCUGUAUGGUAUCAGACCAACACGAAAGAUCCAAGAGUGCUCUGUCCUGUUAUACACUCAUGUAUGAAAAUGUAAUCUGAGUUUUGGUGUUUUGAAAUAUCUCUUGCCCAGUCACAUCGCGCAAUCCAUCUCAUAUAGUCAAUGUGCUGUACAGAUUCAGAUCAUUGGGCACGUUGUCCACGCUACAUAAGAUGGGAAUGUGCUCGAACAACUGCAGCACUCUAGUGAUCAUAAAUUCGUGUAUAGAUUAUGGGCGUAAUCAUUCUGCCGGCAGUUUUUCCUUUACUUAUAGGUACUUUUUGAUGAAAAUAAACCUGCGCAAUAUUCUUCAACAAAAACAAACAGGUGCCUGGUACUGGUUCUAAGUAUCAUUGCACUGAUGGAUAAAGCGAAGCCUGCUACCAAGACUCGUAAUAUUGCUAUAAAACCUCGUUCAUUUGACCGUCAUUAUUUCGGAAAACAGGACGUUUCGUGCAUGCCUCUUGGUGCCGGGCAGCAUAUGCUUUGCCUAAUGUCAUCACACUAUUGCUUAUUCGGUCACAUUUGACGACAAUACGGUUAUUUCGGAUGAUCCUCUAGGCGCGCCAAGCGCGAAACGUGACAAGAGGGCUCUACGCGAAAGAGCAUAAAUGGCCUUCGUGAACAACCUCAUCACCAUUUUCAUUACUUAGUCAACUCAAGCGUGCGGGUGUGGCACUCAGCUGCUGUGUUUAUUCGCUGCAACGCACGCGCAAUGUCACCGAAGUCAAACAUGGUGUACGAAGAAGGGCUUUGAGCCACAGCUGGCAAAUUCCACGAAACUCAUUUGCUGCUUUGUGAUGUAUCAUUCUAAAGCCCUUUAACCUACGACACAUAUCUUCACGUGCACAAUUCACACUAAGGAAUAGGUACAAAGCACAUAUCAGGCCAAUUAAACAGCGGAGUCUGGCGCCAUGGUUCAAUGGACCACGAAAUUGUAGGAUGACAAUAAUUGCGGCUUUUCCACGUCUCUUAUGCAAAACAAGACCAGGCUUUGUGUAGUCAUCAAAAGAUUGAGAGUUUAUUCGUGCAGGACAUUUGUUUACUCAACAGAAUAAAAAAGUUGGGCAAGUUGGUACAAAUGCACACUCAAAGCAGCGCAGAAAGACGGCCCGAACAUGGAAGACGAGCGCUCGUCCCGCGUGUUCGUGUCGUGUAGGUAUUUCCCAUCUGAUGCAUUUGUUCUCUGCUUUCUGCGCACUUUGUAUGCACUUCUGGCGCUGAAUCCACUUUUAACAGCUCUGUAAUAUACGAAUUAACAAGCUCUUAUACUGUGCUACAAUCACUGCUUAUCAAUACAAAAAAUUACACAGUAUGUUCAGGAGCAGUUCCUCACAGGCCGGUCACUGUCACUGCAGGCAUGCUAAGAACUUUUGUCGGAAAUACUAUGUAAUUUUCUGUAAUGCCAUAAUUCACAGCUCAGUCAAUCUCUGGAAACAGCACUAUCGGCAAUACCAGCGGAAUGACAAUUAUUAUUACGGCCUGAGGCAGUGCUCUUUGCAUCCGCAAAGGUACCUUAUAAAUCUUACGCCAGCUAAACUACUCAGUUAUGUCCUUGCUAUUUUGAAAACACUCAUUACAUAGAGAUAAGGCUGCAGGCAAACAUAAUUGAAGGAAACAGCUUAGUCUGCGGUGCCUGAACUAAAAGAAGACUUUGCGCAUGAGGAUGUAGAUUUCGCCAAAUAAUAGUUAUGUUCUCUACGCCAACCGCUCGGCCCAACAUGUUGUAUUUCAAUAGUACGCUCAGUUCAGAGAUGUUAAAACGUGUUUGCACUCAGCUUUAAUGUUUCAUAUAAUAAAGGCCGCAUUUUCUUA